GGGUCAAAUUGGUUACUUUUUAGAUGAGAGGGGCUGCAUCGUAACAAGUGAUAGAUAAAGGUGUCUCCCUGUAGUUUAUCCAAUUCUUCUUUUUAACCCUUGUAGGCGAAUCGGAUCCAGUACGGAGAGGAACCCACCGUCGUCUUCUUCUUCUCCGUUUACCUUCCCAACCCACCGCCGAGAGAUCGAUACGAAUUGAUGCAUUGAACGGCUUAUACUCGGACAAUUGUUUUACCAAAGGGGAGAGUGUCCGAUGAAUUUUGUGAUGAUAGCUGCUCCAUUUCCUGCGACCAUUGGCAGUGAUCUUUAGCAAUAAACACUUUCCAAUAAACAUUGUUGGUUAUUGAUCCUUGAUAAGGCACUUAUGUCAAAGAACAUUCAGUGCAAGCUUGAUUGUGCAUAUGCCGCAGUUUCCAAGUGUAUGAGAUGGCUUUAAUUCUAGCAGUCGUUAUACAAACUCUUGUUGGAAGAUAGAAUUUUGGCCAACUUUGACCAAGCAAGGUUGAGGCGGAGACAGCAUGGAGAAGCGGAAGCGAACAAAUGCUUUGAAAGAUGAUGAAAAUGAGGACAACAUUUGGUGGUUGGUGGUACAAAGGGGUCUUGCACCCUCAUUUAUUUCUCUCAGUUUGUUUGCACUUUUGGUGAGAGUCGCUGUAUCACUCCAUCCUUACUCUGGCGCUGGUAAGCCACCCAAGUACGGAGAUUUUGAAGCACAAAGGCAUUGGAUGGAGAUCACCCUCAAUCUUCCAGCUAGUGAAUGGUAUCGGAAUAGCACCGCCAAUGAUCUGAGCUACUGGGGACUUGACUACCCUCCCCUUACUGCUUACCAGAGUUAUAUUCAUGGCCUUAUCCUCAGAAACUUCCUUCCAGAUUCUGUCUCACUUCAGACUUCCCAUGGCCACGAGUCCUAUCUUGGAAAGCUGCUCAUGAGGUGGACAGUUUUGUCCUCUGAUGUGCUGAUGUUCUUUCCUGCAGUUUUCUAUUUUAUCGUUGUAUACUACUCUGGUAGUCGCACUGGAUGUAAAAAUGAUUGGGCGUGGCACGUUGCAAUGAUUUUGCUGAACCCAUGCUUGAUACUGAUUGACCAUGGUCAUUUUCAGUAUAAUUGUAUUAGCUUAGGCCUUACAAUUGGAGCUGUCGCAGCCAUCCUCUCUGACAAAGACCUUUUGGCUUGUUUCCUGUUUAGUCUCGCUCUCAACCACAAACAGAUGAGUGCCUAUUUUGCACCUGCAUUUUUCAGCUAUCUUUUGGGUAAAUGCCUAAGGCGUCAGAAUCCGCUUCUUGAGGUGUUAAAACUGGGUUUUGUGGUCAUAGGAACAUUUUCCAUUGUUUGGUGGCCAUAUCUGCAGUCUGUGGAGGCAUUUUUACAGGUUCUCUCCCGUCUAGCUCCCUUUGAAAGGGGAAUAUAUGAGGACUAUGUUGCUAACUUUUGGUGCACAUCGUCACUACUUAUAAAGUGGAAAAGAUUGUUCACAAUUCCAUCUCUGAAGCUUCUCAGUCUUGGUGCAACUGUUUCUGCCUCUCUGCCUUCGAUGGUUCCGCAAAUAUGGGCUCCAAGUAAACAAGGCUUUCUCUAUGGGCUGCUCAAUUCUUCACUCUCCUUCUAUUUAUUCUCAUACCAAGUCCACGAGAAGUCUAUUCUUCUGCCUCUGCUACCAGCAAGCUUUUUGGCCAUUGACGAGCCUUUUCUUUUCAAGUGGAUGAUGCAUUAUGCGCUGCUCUCUAUGUUCCCUUUGAUGUGCCGAGAUGAAUUGAUUUUGCCAUAUAUUUCUCUAUCUGCUCUCUUCAUCCUUCUUUACCAUGCACCUGGCGGAAGAAAAGAAAAAAGAGACGCACUAUCUCCUUCGAAUCUGAAAUCCUUCGUGGUUGUGUUUCUUGUUUUGUGCUCUCUCGUUCUUCAUGUUGUUUAUUUUGCCGUGAGCCCUCCAGAGAAGUAUCCCUUCCUUUUCGAAGCCAUGAUUAUGCUUCUCUGCUUUUCUCAGUUCCUGUUCAUCACCGGUUACACCAACAUAAAGCAAUGGAUGACAUUGAAGGACUCUGCCCUAGAAAAUAAAGAGAAGAAGCAUCUUUGAUCGUUUGUUUCUGGGAUUGAAUCUCUCUUUCUUACUCCAUUUUAUUUUUCGUUUUAGGCUGAGACCGAGAUUUGUAAGCAGUAUACUGCAUACGCACGAUUUUGUUCAGUUUUCCUAAAGGAAUACACUUAACAAUUUAGUUUGCCAUAGAACGGUUUCCAUGUCAUUAGAUUCGAGGAAGCAUUUUUGUCUUAGAUUUGAUGUGAAUUGUUGCCCUUCUUGUGACUGUCCUUUCUGAACAUCAUCAACGAAGAAGAGAAAUGUAUAGUGGGGGAACAAGUUAAAACUUAUUGUUCGUUUUUUUUUUCCCUCCAUCUGUAUUUUGUGUUAGAAUUGUUGUACCCUUCGGCUUUUAUUCUUACUUUUCACUUGACUA